ACCUUUGUUCCCUAUAUGGCUUAGCUUGAGACUAUAGAAGAUAGAGUUAGACUUAUAUAUAGUCAGUUGUCUGAAAGAGUCAGUAUAUCAAAGACAUCUCCUAUUCGACGCUCAGUUUAACAGCUCUAGUCCAGUAAUUUAUUUUGUUACAGGUGGAAUGGAUGUUCUGGGCAUCGACUCGAUACUGGUGGCGGGGCUGACGGCAGCGAUCGCCGCCUACGGCUACUUCUGGUUCUCCAGGAGGCGGCUCUACGAACUGGCCUCCAAGAUUCCAGGGCCUGCUGGGUACCCCUUCAUCGGCAAUGCCUUGCGGUUCAUCGGAGGAGCAGACAAGUUGUUCAAGAACGUAUUCUCUAGGACGCUGGAGUACGGAGAUGUCGUCAAAAUGUGGGUUGGUCCCAGACUGCUUGUUUUCUUAACCAAUCCUGCAGAUAUUGAGCUUAUCCUAAGCAGCCACGUCCACAUUGACAAAGCUCCAGAAUACAGAUUAUUUGAGCCAUGGCUAGGAGAUGGUCUACUUAUAAGUACAGGCGAAAAAUGGAGGAACCAUAGGAAACUCAUCGCUCCCACUUUUCACUUGAACGUCCUGAAGUCAUUCAUUCCCACCUUCAACAGCAACAGUGUAGAUGUGGUAAAGAAGUUGAAGCAAGAUAUGGGAAGCGAAUUCGACGCCCACGACUACAUGAGUGAAGCCACUGUCGAGAUUUUGCUGGAAACUGCCAUGGGAGUGAAUAAGAAAACACAACAAAACGGAUACGAGUAUGCAAUGGCUGUUAUGGGUUUGAGUAAUAUUCUUCACCUCCGCCAUACUAAACUUUGGUUGAGAUCCGACUUAAUUUUUAACUUCACUUCUUUGAGCAAAGUGCAAGAAAAGCUUCUGAAAGUCAUUCACGGCCUGACGAGGAAAGUUUUUAAUAUUCGAAUGGAUGAAUACAAGACAAAUGGCAGCAAACUUAUCACAACCUCUCCCGAAGACAAUACGAAAGUUCAAGCAGAAGGAGAUUACGCCUUUGGGCAUUCUAAAGGCAUCAAAGACGACUUGGACGAUGAGAUAGGAGAAAAGAAAAGAAUGGCUUUCCUAGACCUUUUAAUUGAUGCUUCUCAAGGAGGCGGUAAAAUUACUAACGAAGAAAUUCAACAUCAAAUCGACACAAUCAUGUUUGAGGGUCAUGAUACCACAGCAGCUGGUAGCAGUUUCUUCCUCGCCAUGAUGGCAGCUCGUCCCGACAUCCAGGAAAAAUGCGUUGAAGAAGUACAAAGAAUAUUUGGAGACUCUAACAGACCAGUCACAUUCCAAGAUACGCUCGAAAUGAAAUACAUCGAAAGGUGCCUCAUGGAAACAUUGAGGAUGUAUCCACCAGUUCCUAUCAUCGCCAGAGAGCUUAAACAAGAACUCAAAUUGGCUUCCUGCGAUCUAACAAUCCCAGCUCAUUGCACAGUCGUCGUGAACACCUUCAUGCUCCACAGGAAACCCGACAUUUAUUCUAGUCCAAACUAUUUCGACCCCGAUAACUUCCUUCCAGAGAAGUCUGCCUCCAGGCACUACUACUCCUACAUCCCCUUCUCUGCUGGACCUAGGAGUUGCGUAGGCCGGAAAUACGCCGUACUGAAACUCAAAGUCAUGCUGGCCACCAUCCUCAGGAACUACAGGAUACUUCCAGGCAAGAAGGAGAAGGACUGGAAGCUCCAGGGAGACAUCAUUCUCAAGAGAGCGGACGGAUUUCCACUCGUAAUGGAACCAAGAGCAAUCAAAGUCUAAAAUAGCUUUAUGAUUUUAUUGUAUUUAUCCUGACUGUGUUAUUUAUUUGAAGUUACCUUCAAAAUAAUAUUAGUAUAAUAUAUUUAUAAUUUAAUUAGUUCAUAUUAUGAAAUAAAGUUCUCUAUUACAGAAUCACU